CUUCACUUGCCACACGCCCACCAUGUCUGACUCGUCGGGCUCUCUGGACGGGCUCUGGUGGGUCGGCAUUCUCAUGUCUGCAGGAGCUCAGCUUGCAGGAGUUGUGGGCAAUCAGUUCAUCAAGCAUGCUCAUAGACAGAAUGAGUCACUUCCUGUCGAGCGGCGUAUCAAACAAACAAGGCAACCAUUCUGGAUCAUGGGCAUUCUGCUGAUCACGCUCAUCAACACGACACUCAAUCUUGCGGCGUACGCGUUUGCGGCGCAAUCGCUGCUAGCAUCUGUGGGCUCGCUGGCGCUGCUGUGGAACCUGCUUGUCUCCAAGUUUUUCCUCCGCGAAGAGCCGGACAAGUUCGACUACAUCGGUACGGGAAUUUCUAUGGUGGGCGUGACGGUUGCGACGGUGUUUGGCCCGCACCGGACGAACGACUACACCAUUUCUAAGCUUAUUGACUUGUACACGCGAGCGCUGUUUAUUGUGUUUAUCAUUCUUGACGCGGUCUUUAUCGCCUUUCUCUUCCUUGCUGCGCGGCGCAAUGUGCCGUUCCGGCGGCUGGCGUCUGCGGCGCUGCCGGGCAUGAUUGCCGGCCUCACGGCGCUGUUUUCCAAGUCUGCGGUGGAGCUGGUCAAGUCUGCAGCCAUCGGCGGGACCGACUUUCAGCACCCAGUCACGUACCUCAUCAUCAUUGCAGCGAUUGUGGCGGCUGUCUCACAGCUCAAGUUUCUCAACAAGACGCUGCAGGACUACGAUCCGCUUGUGACAGUUCCGGUGUACAACGCGUUCAUGCUGCUCUCGGGCGCGCUCUCAGGCAUUGUGUACUUUGAAGAGUACAAGGACCUCGACACGCUCGACUACUUUCUCUUUCCGAUCGGUGUGGGCAUCAUGCUCGGCGCGCUUGUUUUCUUCGCCAAGCGGCCGAUCGGCGACUCACAGAUCAUCGUCGACGACGAGCCAUCGGCUGGUCCGGGCUCGACCGGCGACGACCCCGAGGCUGCGACUGGAAAGGAGGGCUCGAUUUCCAAGCUCCGUGACAUUGCUGUCGACGGGGUCUCGUCGGGCGAGCCGUCGUGCUACACUGACGACGACGAGUACUACUCGGGCGACGACGCGUCGUACUCGCAUACGCGUGGAGCCAGCCGCGGCUCGCGCAAUGUGCGGCCAGCGGACCACGCGGCGUCGCGGCGUGGCCGCGGCGACGCCGGCUCUGCGGCGUCGCGCACGUCGCCGGCGCGGCGGGCGAGGUCUCCUCUCACUGGAGGCUCGUCGGUGGCCUCGCUCUCUGGCAGCGCGCCGGCGCUGGUGGUGCCUGCGCCUGCGCCGUCGCCGGCGGCACGGCAACGGCGACGUGCACGGAGCCGGCGGACGCCUGGAAGUGGGGCGCUCUCACCAGGCGCGUCGUCGCUAGCGCGGUCGACGCCCGGCGGCGUCUCGACCUCGAUCUGGUCGUCGGACGACUGUCUGACCGGCGCCGGAUCGACUCACACGUCGGCGACGACGCCGGCGCUGUCGGCAUCAAACCCGACUACGGCGCUUCCGCCCAAGACCUUUACGUUUACGCCCAAGCCUGCGGCGGGAAGCUCGGCUGUUACCGAGGCCUUUUCAACGUCGCUCGACUUUGGCACUCGUUGCUUGCCGUCGUCGUCCGGCUCGAGUGCCGGGCUCGGGACCGACUCGGACGAGCCUGCACCUGGGGAGUCUAUCUACGCCCGCCGCCACACGCGGCGCGAGUCACACGAGCAGGAGGAGGCGGUCUCUGUCUCCACGUGCACUCGCUCGUCAGCACACUCGCUUCCUUCGCUCUCAUCCAGCUACACGUACUCGUCGUCGUCGCAGUCUCGGACGCCCAACACGCCCACCAGCCUCUCGCCGGCAACGACCGGCACUUCGGGCACCUCGUUCAUUGGCAUUUCCGACUAGCUCCUGCCCUCCCGCCUUGCUACCUCCCAGCCCAACCCAUCGUAGGCACCGGUAGCUUGCCGAUCCUGACUUGGCUGCGUAUUUGGCUGUCGCGUCGUUCCCCGCAACGAGCGAGUGGACGCAGCAUUAGAUGGACUCAACAAGCGCAUGAUUUGCCUGGAUAGAUUUCAAAGUGUGUGUGUGUGUGUG